AUGUCGGAACCAAAGGGUCUUAUCACUAAUCCCAAUGGAGAUAACUCAUCUCCAUCGUCCGUGCCAGUUAGUAACCUUAAUAGUGAACUAAAUAACCUUACUUUAUCUGCAAAGGUUUCAGCUUCUUACGGUAUUCCUCAAAAUGUUUCUGUAGUUUUAUCAACCGCUUUAGUCAAGGUCUACGAUAAACAUAAUCGUGCAUUUGUUGUGCGCGCAAUUCUUGACAGCGGAAGCACAGCAUCAUUUGUUUCUGAAAGACUAUGCAAACGGCUAAAUUUAGAAACAAAUGAAGUGGAUGGAUCAGUAUGUGGCAUAAAUAACGUGACUUCACACGUAGGUAAGAUGUGUCAAAUUCAAAUGACGUCAUUAAACAAUACUUAUGCUACAAAGCUUUAUUGUUUCAUUUUGCCGUUAAUAUCUAGUGAUGUACCAUGUCAAAAGUUAGAUAUAUCUGAUCUCAAUAUUCCUCAUACCCUCAGUUUAGCUGAUCCAACGUUCCAUGAACCUUCUAAGGUAGAUAUUUUGAUUGGUGCAGAUAUUUUCUGGGAUUUGUUGGGAUCACAAAUAAUAAAAUUGGGUCUUGGAAUGCCAGUCCUAUGUGAAACUAGAUUAGGUUGGAUUAUUUCUGGUCCUGUCACUUAUAAUCAUGUCAAAUUUCAGCGGACUAAUAUAAAAUGCAACUUUACUCAUAUCGUUUCACCUCAUAAAGAGAGUUUGGAUAAAUUACGUACAGAUUUAAUGCGCUUUUGGCAACUGGAAGAAACAGCUUUACAGUCUACCAACUAUUUGCCAGAAGAAAAAUUAUGUGAGGAACAUUUUGUCAAGAAUGUGACACGAUUAAGCAAUGGACGUUUCUGUGUCCGUAUACCACUGAAACACAAUCCUUCCGUUCUGGGAGAAUCAUUUCAGAGAGCUACACACUGUCUUUAUGCUGUGGAGCGUAAACUAAGAAUUAAGCCUGAUUUUGGCAAAUUAUAUCAUGAAUUUAUGAACGAAUACAAGAUGUUACAUCAUAUGACUGAAGUUAAGGGAGUCGAUAAUACUAAAAGUUAUUUCAUACCACAUCACGGUAUAUUACGUGAAGGUAGUACGACUACAAAACUUCGUGUGGUUUUUAAUGCGAGUUCCCCCACUUCAUCAGGAGUGUCUCUAAAUUGUAUUCAGAUGGUAGGUCCCACAGUCCAGGAUGACCUAUUGUCUAUACUUCUACGAUUUAGACUGCAUAAAUAUGUUUUAUCUGCAGAUGUGGAGAAGAUGUAUAGACAAAUAAUGGUUCAUCCAUCUGAUAGAUGUUUCCAGCAAAUACUCUGGCGAUCGAGUCCAACCGAACCCAUAAAAACUUAUCAAUUGAAUACAGUCACAUACGGUACAGCAAGUGCACCAUUUCUUGCAACGCGAUGCCUUAAAGAAAUAGCUUCGGAGUGCAAGAACAAGAAAAUCUCAGAGAUUAUUGAACACGAUUUUUAUGUCGAUGACUUGUUGACCGGAGCGGACACUUUAAAUGAGAUUAAGUCUAUACGUACCGAGGUUACCGAAGCUCUUGCAUCGGCAUGUAUGCCUUUGAGAAAGUGGAAAUCAAAUGAACCCGGUUUAGUAUCGGAUGAGUUGCAAACAUCUUUAGACUUAAAUAUAGGAUCUCAUGAAUCUAAUAAGUUAUUAGGUGUUGAUUGGUUUGCCGCUACCGAUGAAUUAGGUUUUGUAAUUAGCUCUGUACCUCUAAUUGGUCGCACUAAACGUGAUUUGCUUUCGGCAAUAGCACGCAUUUUCGACCCUCUAGGUAUUCUAUCCCCUUGUAUAGUGACAAUGAAAAUGUUGCUACAGAAAUUGUGGCUAGAUAAUGUAACAUGGGAUGAACCAUUAACCACGGAGCUAAAUACCACUUGGACUGCAAUUGCUGAGGCUUUGCCUCUAUUAAAUAAUUUUCGCAUUCCACGUCUUGUAGUUUGUGAUUCGUAUAAAUCGCUAGAGUUACAUGUAUUCACUGAUGCAUCUGAGCGUGCAUAUGGUGCGUGCGUUUAUGUGCGUAGCAUCAAUGAUAACGGAGAGUGCACGGUAGGUUUAUUGACGGCUAAAAGUCGUGUAGCGCCGAUUAAGCCUACAACAAUCCCACGACUGGAAUUGUGUGGUGCCUUGGUCGGUGCACGGUUAUAUGAGAAGGUUUCAAAGUCCCUUCGGGUACAUGUGAAUCAUGUUUAUUGUUGGACUGAUUCCACUAUAGUGUUGGGAUGGUUACAAAUGCUACCUUCUAAGCUUCAGCCAUUUGUACGCAACCGCGUUGCUGAAAUUUUAGAUAAGGCUGGUAAUUGUAUAUGGAGACACGUUCCAAACAGACAAAAAUCCAGCAGACCUUAUAUCCCGUGGAGUGGAUAUAGGGAGUCUGCAACAUAA